AAUAUAGUCUCUUACACACAACUAUAGUCUUUCCUCUCACUCUCGGAAGAACGCUAGCCUUUCACAGGUCAGAUCUGAUUUGUGAGGUAAACGUAUUUUCCGCGAAGCGAUGGCUCUGGUCCUGCAUUCUUGGAAGGCUAACAAAAAUGCUUACAAGGCUUUUAUAGCUGCUGAAUACAAUGGUGUCAAAAUUGACCUUUCUCCAGAUUUUGUCAUGGGCGUAACCAAUAAAAGUCCUGAAUAUCUGAAAAUGAAUCCUAUUGGGAAGGUUCCUGUGUUGGAAACACCCGACGGUGCUAUCUUUGAGAGCAAUGCUAUAGCUCGCUAUGUUGCUCGUUUGAAGGACAGCAGUUUAUUUGGCUCUUCCUCAAUUGACUACGGACAUGUUGAACAAUGGAUCGAUUUCUCCACAACGGAAAUAGAUGCUCAUAUUUCAACAAUUUUGAGGCCUAGAUUUGGAUAUGGUGUUUACCAUCCUGCUGUAGAAGAAGCUGCAAACGCUGCCCUAAAACGAUCUUUUGCUGCUUUGAACUCUUACCUUGCUUCAAACACAUUCCUUGUUGGUCAUUCUGUGACACUGGCUGAUAUCAUUUUGACAUGCAAUCUCUAUUUGGGAUUUACGUAUAUAUUGACUAAAAGCUUUACUUCCGAGUUCCCUCACGUCGAGAGGUACUUCUGGACGUUGGUCAAUCAACCAAAUUUCCAAAAGAUAAUUGGUGAGGUAAAGCAGACUGAUGCCAUUCCACCAGUGAAAACACCUGAAGAGGCUGCAGCAGCUGCCAAACCAAAGCCUGAGCCCAAGAAACAAGAAGAGAAGCCCAAAGCAGCACCUGCUGCAGAAGAGGAGGCACCAAAGCCGAAGGCCAAAAAUCCUCUCGACCUGCUUCCUCCCAGUAAGAUGAUUUUGGACGAGUGGAAACGUCUCUACUCGAACACUAAAACCAACUUCCGUGAGGUUGCAAUCAAAGGAUUCUGGGACAUGUAUGACCCUGAAGGAUACUCCCUUUGGUUCUGUGAUUACAAAUACAACGACGAGAACACAGUUUCAUUCGUGACUUUGAACAAAGUCAGCGGAUUUCUUCAGAGAAUGGAUCUUGCUCGCAAGUAUGCCUUCGGAAAGAUGCUCGUGAUCGGAUCAGAGGCUCCAUUCAAGGUGAAGGGGCUAUGGCUUUUCCGUGGACAAGAAAUCCCGCAAUUUGUGAUCGAUGAAUGCUAUGAUAUGGAACUAUACGAGUGGAAGAAGGUGGAUAUCUCGGACGAAGCCCAGAAGGAGAGGGUGAACCAAAUGAUUGAAGACCAGGAACCAUUCGAGGGUGAAGCUCUUUUGGAUGCUAAAUGCUUCAAGUGAGUAAUAGAGUAAAGCUAGCUUUCAGGUGGUGUGGUUGGGGCUUUGGACUAGAGGAGGGACGACUGACGUGUGAGGAAGGUUACCGUGGACGUUUUGAGUCGAUUUUGUCUUCUAUUUAUUUUCGGAGUCGAGGUGAACUUUCUUGUGCUUUCUAAUUGAACUUUACAUUUAUAUUUAGCUUAAGCUUAUGGGGUGCUGUUAUGAUUCUUGUUUACAUUUAAGUAUAAUUUUAACUUUCAUGAAGUGAAUUGUUGUUUUAGAUUGUUA